UCAUCACUUUAGCCACAGCGGCCUUCGGAUUCACACGCAGAACAUUCCAUUGGAAUACCUGCAGACUUCUUAACAUUUUUUUUACAAAGGAAUAUACGACACAGCUAAGAAAAUGUAUCAUCUCGCUGGUAUAAUUGUCCUCAUCACUUUCGCAGUCGACGUGAAAGCAGCCUGUGAUAUCAAUGGUCUUAACCAGUGUGUAAGUUCUGCAGUACCUACUGACAACACAAGGGAAAAUGAUCCAUGCGUACAAUACAAUGCCAUCAAGAAAUGCGUCGCCAUGUUCAAUGCAACCUGUGCCACUGAGAUCAAAUCCUAUACUGACAACAUUGCCCAGUUUGAGAGCAUGUGUGGUGGUGGCGGUAUGGGUGGUGGAGGUGAUGGAUGUGAUAUGCAGGCACUUAGUGGAUGUAUGACAUCCAUGAGCAGUAUUCAAGGUGCCAUGUCGAGUGGUUCAGCACCAACAGGAGAAGAUCUGGAGAAUGUUUGCAAUGGUUAUGCAGCUUUCAAAGCCUGUGUUGCUGCAUUGCCUCCAGCCUGCAGUGAAACCCUUAAGAAUAACCAGAUGGGGGGUGAACAGUUUAGCCAGCUUGUGGAUCAGUACUGUGGAAGUAGUGAUGGCUGUGAUAUGAUUGGAGUACAGAAAUGCAUGAUGCCAAUUAUGUCUCUGGACUUAAAAUUUGAUGGGGAAUCAGCCAUGUCUUCCAUCGUGAAGGUCUCCAGUCAGUGUGGAAGCUUUGAGGGAGUAUUGGACUGCCUUGAACCCAAAUUGGAAGGAUGCAAGGACAAUACACUACUCCAAAACACCACUGUUUUCCUAGAAAAGAUGAAGAUGAUGGUGAACUUUGUGUGUAAGGAGAAGAAACAAUCUAUCAUGGAAGUGGCAGAGUGUGCAUCUAAGCCAGCUGCACUGCAGAAAUUGAGCGAAUGUGAAUCUAUCCACCCUAUGUCCAGUGAUCCUUCUAAGGUCUCAAAGGAACAACUGUGCACUGAGGUGAACACCAUGUCAGCUUGUAUGGAGAAGGCUACUAGUGGUGUGUGUACAGGGAAAGAAACCGAAACAAUGAUUGAUCUGCUGAAGGAUGCCAUGAAGAUGUUCCUCAAGGGGGAAGACCCAUGUGAAGUCAGUGGAGCCGGUAUGUUGGUAAGCAGUGUGUGGACAAGCCUGGUACUAGCUAUUGCAGCCAUCUUCUUGUAGGAACCUCAGGGACUAAAUGUUUGCAGUCUGGUUGACCUAUUGACUCACUCAUCAUCUGAUAUAUCGUGUGGACGUUUUCGUGGUCUAAAUUGGCAGCAAUUAUUACAAACCAUGACUCUGUACCAGCUGUUAAUUGUACAGAAACAUUCAUUAUCAAGGAUACCAAAGGUCAAUAAUUUAAAGGUCAACAGAUAUUUGUGUUUUUCAUUUCAAAAUAUUCUAUAAAAUCAAAAAGACUUAACGGGAAUUGGAUAUUUGUAACUGGGUGUAACAAUAUUAUCAAACACGGAUUAGUACUUUAUUUUCAGACACAUGUCUUGAUGUCUACAGGGUAUAUACAUUGACAACUACGUCACAUAUGGUAGUAUUGUACGUGUGUUGAUUACCAGGAUGAUCAGUUACACAUUUCUAGUAUCAAAAAAGCUUUUAAUACGCUUAUAGUUUAAAACAAAACACAAAUAGCUUCCUAUCUUUAGAAAAAAUGUAAAAAGAUAAUACAUUUCAUGGAGUUUUGUAUCUAUGAAUAGUACCUGAUAUAUGAAUACUAUGUAUUCUGUGUGUAACUUAAGGUUUGCCUGUCUUACCAUGGAGCUGCUGUUCAAAUCUGUGCAACAUGUUGUCCUCACUCAAUGAAAGUGUGGAGUUCAUUGUUCUAACUUUCGGAUUGUAUGCGAGGUAUCCAAUUUCUACCCAGGUGCAAAAUUCCUUCUCUACUUGCAGUUUUAACAAACCUACUUACAAAAUUCCUUCUCUACUUGCAGUUUUAACAAACCUACUUACAAAAUUCCUUCUCUACUUGCAGUUUUAACAAACCUACUUACAAAAUUCCUUCUCUACUUGCAGUUUUAACAAACCUACUUACAAAAUUCUGGACACUUCUCCUUUUAUAGAAUUUAAAGUUGAUUAAUCUUCUAUCUACCAGUAUUGGUUAGUUUACGGAGUGCGGGAAUUAGCGUCUACAAUUUUAAAAAUACUUCUUUAUAUACCUUACAUUUAGAAUCCUCCCAUUACCUAAAUGUUAUGAUGUAAUUUGGUAAAAUUUCUUCAUAAUUUUAAGUAGAAACCCAUUUGUGUUUCAGUUAUAAUUAAGCUUUAAUUAUUAUUGUGCAAGUCAAUACCAAAUCAAUUACCUCUAUAUAUCCACAAAGCUUGUAAGGCAGUUAUUCUUCUUUUUACUUCAAAACUGAUAUGCAUCUUGGAUAUUUCUUAAUGUGGAAGUUGAAAAUGUGCAGGAAGACAAUUGUCUGCUGAUCUAACUUUUGUGUCUUUGUUCUAGUCCUUGAUUACUUUAUAUUGAAAGUGCCUGAUUAACCUGAACCAAACCAUAAUACUUGGAAAUGGUGGGCGAUGAGAAGAUUGGGUAGGGGUGUAGUGAAAUUGUUUAUUUCUUUACAUCUGCCAACAGUGUGCUGUAAACGUGUGAAUGUGGAUAAGUGGUCACAUUUCUCUGCCUCUCUUCUGUGUGUUUAUUUUUCUUUUUUUAAAAUUUUGUGUGGACAUAAACAUGCCAUAUGCCAUGAUAUCUCUAACCUUACUAGUUUACUAGUUUUGUUGUUUUUCUUCUCAAAUUGUAUUAGCUUCCAAAUAUUUACACCAUUCCAAGUAGAAGCGGAUUGUGAGUUUUUCCAUUUCAUUUCUUAAAAUGUUUUGUGUAGUUGUUUUGGCUUCAGUUUUUGACAUUUUAAAUAUUAAUGGAUGAUGUUGUGACAUCUUCCUACAAAUUCUUCCGUCUCUACAUUUAAUAUGCCUUCCAUUGCAAAUAAUGAGAUUAUAAGUGCAAUUUUGAUUUACAUGUCAAUUUAAGUGCUAAUCGUGUUUACAAUUUGUAUGUACAGUUAUGAGUGCGGUUAAGGUGUAGGGCUCGUUUAAUUAUACCUGUUGAUGUAUUUGUAAGUCGGGUAAAGUAAGAAAAAUUCUCAUCUAUAACUCAGCAUUGAGGUCAUAUGUCAAAAUGUUUCUUUUUCGCCAAAAAAUCCCCUUUAAAUCUAGAUGUAUGAUUUCGACUGAUCGAAUAAAUAUAAUAAAAAUCUGCAUGUUUAGAUUGUAAAAUGUGUGUUGUUUUGUAUCCAGGCCAUAUCUAGAUUAAUACUGUAUACAAUUUGUAACUACAUGUACUUAAAUAGGAUAUAUCCUUUUAUAUUGCCUAGAUAUAUGCUUCAUGUCUUUAUAUAACAUGUGUGUUGUAUGUGUUUCUGUAAUAUGUGUACAAGUGUGUACACUUAAGUUAACCAGGACAAAAUUUACUGGAUAAAAUGAAGAAAGGUCUUGGUAUACAACAUGUCUUCCAUAGUUUUUUUUAAUUAUAUAUGUAUCAAAAAUUAUUUCAAAAUUAAUUUCAAAAUAAUUAAAACAAACAUAACUACAAAUAAAUCAAAAUAACUUGAGCAAAUUCUUACAUAUUUUAAGAGAUUUCCUGGUCAUUGAUACAUUUAAAAUAAAUCUAUGAAGACAAGAGAUACAUUUGUAAGUGUUCAAUUUGAUAUUCUCAUGUAAAAUAUUGUAUUUCAUUAGCUAUGGUAUAUAGGGAUGGACCUAUUUUAACAGAUUUAGUCUGUGGUUUCUUUGUGUGUAUGAAUGUAUAUGUAUGUCAGUGUACUUCUGAAAAAAUAAAAGUCAUGUAAAGUUCGAACACAA